GGGGGCGUGGUGCAUCAGCUGAAGGAGAGAGGUGUGGAGAGGGCUCAGGAGGGCGGCGCCAGGGGGGGUGAUUAGCACACCUGUAGCCAACUGUCUAAUCACUCUCCCUCUUUCCAACAUAGUAGCAUGCUGGACCAGGGAAGGGAGAACGGGCAGAAGUUGAGAGACACACAGCAGACGUCAGCAAGAGCGCUGCGAGCGGCUGCAGAGUGUGUGGAAUUGAUGGAAUAAGCUGAUAUCAAUAAAGAUCCCUAAGAAACGGGCUUUGGACUCUGACUCCUUGUGCUGAGAGAACCUUAGUGGCAGUAAGCGUGUCACAUUUUGGCACCCAACCAGCUCAGCAACAAAGACAAUGUCAGAACUGCAGCAGGUUCAGCCAGUAACGGCGCUGGCUCAAAUGUUGGCGGAGGUUGCGGCGAUGAGCCGGGAUGAGCACAGGAUGACGGGAAAGAUGAUCCCCAAUCAUACCUCGAGAUGUUCUAGGCGACAGCGUCGGCCCACUCUGCCUCCGGCCAGCCGCACGCCGGCGCUUACCGCUAUUAUCUGGCGACUCACAGACAGCGGCGCUUGGCCUGCCUGCCUCCUCUCGGGGGCAGUACCAGACCAUCAAGAGGGCUGUCCUCGACCGAUUGGGAUAUUCAGCCGAGGACCACCGUCGCAAAUUUCGAGGGAGCAAGCUGGGGCCCACCGACCAUCCAUUUGUCUCCCCUCAGUUGCCCAGGUCUUCAUUUCCACAUCCCUCAGUUGCCCAGGCAACUGAGGGAUGCAUUCGGGCAAACGUGCGCCGCUGGUGUGCGUCUUGUCUUGAAUGCCAGUUGGUUAACCAACCGGCCAUCCCGAGAGCACCUUUGUGCCCAUUACCACUGAUUGAGGUCCCAUUUGAGCAUAUUGGGAUGGACCUUAUCGGGCCAUUUCACCGGAGCGCACUUAGAUAUCCCUUUGUGUUAGUCCUUGUGGAUUACGCAACGCGAUAUCCAGAGGCAGGGCCGCUGUGCACCAUCUUGCAAAGAGUGGUGCUUGGUCCUCUCCUCUUCAUACUCUACCUACUCCCUCUUGGCAACAUCAUUCGCCACCAUGGUCUUCAUUUCCACUGUUAUGCCGAUGACGUCCAGCUUUAUAUCUCCACCAACUCCAUCACCCCUGGCGACGCCACUCAUUCCACUCUCUCCAACUGCCUCGCCGACAUCAAAUCCUGGAUGCAGACCAACUUUCUCAAACUAAACUGUGACAAAUCAGACAUGAUCAUCAUCGGCCCCAAAUCCCUCACCAAAACCACAGACUGCUUCCGCCUCAACAUCGACAACUCCACCCUGUCUCCAUCCCCCCACAGUCGCAACCUCGGAGUCAUCUUUGACAAUAACCUCUCCUUUGAACAUCACAUAAACCAAAUCACCAGAACUUCCUUCUUUCAUCUCAAGAACAUAGCCCGACUUCGCCCAUCACUGUCCUUCCCCGCUGCUGAAACCCUCAUUCACGCCUUCAUCACUUCCAGAAUUGAUUACUGCAACAGCAUCCUCUAUGGCACACCAUCCAAAACUUAAAAAAAACUACAGUACAUCCAAAACUCUGCUGCUCGUCUGCUCACCCACACCCGCACCCGUGAUCACAUCACUCUAGUCCUCCAGAAACUCCACUGGCUCCCAGUUCCACAGCGUAUUCAGUUCAAAAUCCUCCUCCUCACACACAAAGCCCUCCAUAACCAGGCCCCUUCCUACCUCACUGACUUGCUCCAUCGCCACAAUCCAUCCCGCAGCCUCCGUUCAUCUGAUGCAAACCUCCUGACUCCUCCAUCUAGGACCAAGCACCAAACCUGGGGCGACAGAGCCUUCUCUGCAGCUGCCCCCUCCCUCUGGAACUCUCUCCCCAAACACAUCCGUGACUGUACUGACCUGCCCACCUUCAAAUCAUUAACAAAAACACACCUUUUUAAAAUUGCU